CGAAAAGUUUCCGCCGAAUUCCAUCUUUUCCAAUGAACACAUGAAUUAAGAAAGUAGUCCCUUUCUAAUGGAGAAUUUAUAAUUCCGUUAUUUUGUAACGUAAACGUGAUAAUUCUUUGAAAUAAUUCAAAAGUUCUUAUUCAUACGCAGUGAAAAAAGUGUUGGUGAUAAUCGCGGAGAACUUAAAUCUGCAUGAGAAGUGUAACAACCGUAGAUGUGAAUUGUAUUUUUGUAAGUUCGUAACGAGAAUUCGGUUUGUACUUUUCGUUUGUUUUUACAUCGUACCGGCAACUUCAAAUCAGUUUUAGUGUGCAUUCAUCGCUGCAGAUUAAUAUCAUCACGUUCGUGAACAGUUAAUCAUUCAAAAUGAAUUCUGGUUCUUUGGCUCACUUUCUAGAGAAGACCACUUCUUUAGAUAAAACAGAAUUACAGCAAGCUCAACAGUUUUUAGAACAGGCUUUACAAACAAAUACACUCGACUUUAUCAAAGCGCUUUCAGAUGUCUUGGUUAACACUUCUAAUAGCCAGGUGGCUCGAAUGGCUGCCGGUUUACAAAUUAAAAACGCACUUACCUCGAAAGAUUCAAUUGUCAAAGAACAAUGUCAACAGCGAUGGCUUUCUUUUCCCGAAGAUAUCAGGCGUUACAUUAAACAAAAUGUUUUAAAAAGUGUGGGAACCGAAACGAAUAGGCCUAGCUCAGCUGCUCAGUGUAUUGCAUUCAUAGCGGUCAUUGAAUUACCCUUAAAUCAAUGGCAAGAUGUAAUUAGUGUGUUAUGCAGCAAUGUAAUUAACGAAUCAUCUAGCGAAGCUGUUAAAGAAGCUAGCUUAGAAGCUAUUGGCUAUAUUUGUCAGGAUAUAGAUCACGAUUGUUUAGCUCCGCAUUCAAAUACUAUUCUGACCGCUAUCGUUCACGGAAUGCGUAAAGAAGUAACGAAUCGUCACGUCAGGCUUGCGGCCACAACUGCAUUACUUAACUCCUUAGAAUUCACUAAAGCUAAUUUCGAAAAAGAAAACGAGCGCAAUUAUUUAAUGGGUAUAGUCUGCGAAACAACUCAAUGCACUGAUACGCAAAUUCGAGUCGCCGCUUUACAAUGUUUAGUGAAAGUAAUGUCGUUAUAUUAUCAGUACAUGGAACCGUACAUGGCGCAAGCGUUGUUUCCUAUUACAUUAGAAGCUAUGAGGUCGGAUGUCGAUGAAAUUUCUUUGCAAGGUAUUGAAUUUUGGUCCAAUGUCAGCGACGAAGAAGUUGAUUUGGCUAUUGAAGGUUCUGAGGCUGCCGAAUUAGGCGAACCACCUCAGAGAACGUCUCGAUUUUACGCUAAAGGCGCUCUGCAAUACUUGGUCCCAAUUCUUUUACAGAAACUUACUCAACAGGAGGAAAUGGACGACGAAGAUGAAUGGAAUCCGAGUAAAGCAGCUGGAGUAUGUUUAAUGUUGUUGGCUCAGUGUUGCGAAGAGGACAUCGUGCCCUACGUAUUACCAUUCGUGAAAGAUAAUAUCAAAAAUCCAGAUUGGAGGUAUCGUGACGCUUCUCUGAUGGCUUUUGGAUCUAUACUUGGCGGUUUGAAAACUAACACUUUGAAGAGUUUAGUCGAAACCGCAAUGCCUACGAUUAUCGAACUAAUGUACGAUUCAAGCGUGAUUGUUCGCGAUACCGCCGCUUGGACCAUCGGACGUAUUUGUGAGAUCACUCCGGACUCUGCUAUUAAUGAGACAUAUCUGUCUGCUCUACUCAACGCCCUUGUUGCCGGCUUGACAGCUGAGCCACGAGUAGCUACCAACGUCUGCUGGGCUUUUAUUGGACUGGCAGAAGCUAGUUACGAAGCAGCCAGCGCUCGCGAACAAACUGAUCAGCCCGCAACGUAUUGUUUAUCCAAGUACUUCGAUUCGUUGGUGGAAAAAUUACUCGAAACUACGAACAGAGGCGAUGGUGCUCAAGCUAAUCUUAGGUCCGCAGCGUACGAAGCUUUGAUGGAAAUGAUCAAGAACUCUCCGCAAGAUUGUUAUGCUACUGUGCAGAAAAUGACCAUUGUUAUAUUGGAAAGACUUCAGCAAGUCCUGGCUCUAGAAGGACAUUUGCAAAAUACUUCAGAUCGAGCACAAUUCAACGAUUUACAAGGAUUAUUGUGCGCCACUUUACAAAGCGUAUUGAGAAAAGUCACGCCUGAAGAUGCCCCCCAAAUAUCCGAUAGUAUCAUGGCAGCUUUGUUAGAAAUGUUCAAUUCGAAUUCCGGUAAAUCCGGUGGCGUUCAAGAAGAUGCUUUACUGGCGGUUUCUACGUUGAUUGAGAUCUUGGGCGAAGGAUUCCUGAAAUAUAUGGAAUUGUUUAAACCUUUUUUGUUCAUCGGUUUGAAAAACCACUCCGAACAUCAGGUUUGCUUAUCUGCGGUUGGUGUUGUUGGAGAUCUUUGCAGAGCGUUGAAAAUUGGUAUUGCGCCGUAUUGCGACGAAAUCAUGACCUUGUUGUUGAGUAAUCUUAGCAAUGAUUCGGUUCAUCGGUCGGUUAAACCGCAUAUUUUGUCGGUGUUCGGAGAUAUUGCGUUGGCAAUUGGACCCGCGUACGAAAAAUACUUGGAUGUGGUACUCAAUAUGUUGGUUCAAGCAUCGCAAAUACAAGUUGAUAGAAAUGAUUUCGACAUGGUGGAAUAUUUGAAUGAACUAAGAGAAAGCAUCUUAGAUGCGUAUACUGGUAUCAUUCAAGGCUUGAAAGGUGAUAACGCUACGACGGUAAACCCAAGUGUAACUGUCGUCGAAGCCCAUAUACCGUUCAUGCUUAGAUUUAUCCGAACAAUCGCCGACGAUGAUGAUAAUAACGAGAGCACCAUUGGUUCAGCUGCCGGAUUGAUUGGAGAUUUAUGUACAACAUUUGGUCAAAAAAUAUUGCCUAGUUUGGAACUCGAUGUUAUUAACAAUCUUCUUGCACAAGCUCGUCGCUCAAAAAUCGGCAAAACAAAGAAUAUCGGUCAAUGGGCAACGAAAGAACUUCGUAAAUUAACUAAAUCUAGUUGGGUGAUGAAAGCGCAGUAAAAACAUUUAUAAUAGAGCAAUAUGUUAUACGUAUUUUUCAGUACAACUGACGCUGCGUAGCGAAUUUUUUUAUAUGGCGAAAAUAAGUACUGGUUCAGUUUAGUAAUUUUCAAUUUUAAACCAACUGUAUUCUUAAUAAUGGUAUAAUGAUGUUUCCUUGUUGUAUGUGUGAUGCGUACAUAGUAUGUAUAACUGUGCUCCUAAAUCAAUUUUGUUUUUGAGAAUGUGAUUGGCUGUGUUAAGAGUGUUAUUUUAAAAUUAAUUAAGUCGCACGUAAGCACUGAUUUAUAAUAAUAAUAUGUUAAACUCUCAGGUUUUUCAUGAAAUUUUUUAGCUUUAAAAACGCUAACAAAAAAUUUUAUUCUUUACCAUUUUUUUCAGCGCUUACAAAAAAUAUAAAUUUUAAUAUUUUUCGAAGCAACGAAUAAGGCCUAAUUGAUUUACGUUACUGUAACAUUUGGCUAGAAAAAAAAAACGCUUUUGUGUGCUCUCUCGACCUAUUUUUUCUAUACCUACCUAUACCGUCUGGUUCGAGUACCUACGUAAUAAAAGUCUCAUUCCAUUUUGCCUAAGUUUUCUUAAUACGGUAUCCGUUGGGAAAUCCGAGAAAAAAGAUAGCCUUUUAUCGUUGCAAACAGCAAAUCCCGCCAGAUACGGUUUUUUUUCUAUUAAUGUAUUUUUUAAGUACAAAUGUGUUGUAUGGAUUAAGGUAAAUUUGUUAUUAUUUAAUAUAUCUGUCGUGACUGUGAUUAUUUUCAAACGCAGAUUUAUGGAAUGCAUAUACGGCGAGGGUCUUUUUUCCAUCGUUUACCUAAUUUUUUAUGGCCUAAUUGAAUUUUUAAAAAUCAUAAGAACCCUUCCGAUGUAAUUCCACGAAUCUGCGUCAUCGUGUGAUAUUUAGUACGUAUGUGAGGUAUAUUUUGCUAUUUACAAAAAAAAAAAAUCUCAUAUUUUUGUGAGCGUUUUCCUUUUUUUUCCUCUUUUAUUUUUUUCGAACUUCCAGUGGGAGUAUGUUGAGUUUAUAUAAUUUUUAUUGUGUGCAUUGUAUCAAUGGUUUAAUAAGUCUGAAUUAUCGUUAUGUAUAAACGUGUUUUAAUUAGUAUUAGAGUUUUAUAUAUUUGCGAUUUUGUACGAAAUUUUACGAGUAUUUUUGUUUAUUUUUUUCUCUAAUUUUUUUUCUUUUGCUCUUUUGUUUCGAGAAAAAUAUCUUUAUAUUUUUAUUUUCUUUUUUGCCCAACGAUGUUAAAUCGUUUCUGUGUUAUCAUCUUGCGAACGUAUAGUUACCUGUUUUUUUUUCUUCACGAGAGGUUAAACGUUUUGAAAAUUGUUUUAUCAAAGGUUUUAAUUUUGUUUUUUCUUUCUUUCGUUUUUUGAAGUAUUCUUCUUUUUUUUUUUUUUGCAAUUUUUAUUUUGCGGGUACAAAAUCGCAACUAAUUUUUUUGUGGCGGUUAAGUAUGUGCGUGUGCAUGUGUGUAUGUUGACUCCCUUAUUUCCCCGUUCUGAAUCCUGUGCCAUGAUUGUUCCUGUUUGAUUGAAAUCAUCAAAAGAUUUUUUAAUUGUAUAAUUGUUCGAUAUACGUUGUAAUAUUUCAUAGAAAACUCUUUUCCUCAUUUAUUUUUCUUUUUUUUCUUUUUCUUCUUUUUGUCGAGCGAAUUUUAUUUUAUUUGAAGAUACUUACUUAUUAAGUAUGUUGUAUUUUGAUGUGAAGAAUUAUACCAGUUAUACAUUUAAUUGAAAUUAUAGAAGUUGAUAUUUA